CGUGAUAGAGUGAACUUGCGUUGGAUUUAGCUGAGAAUCUUCUUCACCGCUAAUAUAUUUCUCAGAUCGCUGCUGCGCGAUUUCUGCUGCAAAGGAACAUCCCUGGCUAAUAAUGACAGAGCUAUAGGGUUCUGGGAAUUAUUUAUGAUCAACACUGGAAUUAUUUGAAAUAAAUAAACAUGGCCGCAAAGCCCUUACGUCGUAUUCCUCUCACGGAACUGAACCCGCAUCUUAUUUGCGUGCUGUGCAAAGGAUAUUACAUCGAUGCAACCACAAUAAUCGAAUGCCUACACAGCUUCUGCAAGUCUUGCAUCGUCAGAUACUUCCAUUCAUCGGUCUUCUGCCCCAUCUGCGAUGUUCAGGUGCACAAAACGCGACCCCUGUUGUCGCUGCGCGAAGACAGAACCCUUCAAGAUGUUGUCUACAAACUCGUGCCUGGGCUCUUCGAGGCAGAAAUGGACAGAAGGGCCUCUUUUUAUGCGAACAACCCUCAUGCUGUUGGAGACAAAACGGAGCAAUCAUUAAGGGAGAAGCGUCACUUCUUCCACGUGGAUGACCAGAUAUCGCUAUCGCUAGAAUACUUGCCACCGGCGCACGCCCACGCGCAUGUUUUGGGUCUGCGGCCUAUACGAGCUCACUACGCCACACGAGACGCUACGUCCCUCAAGCUCUCAGCAGCGCUCCCCUCAUCUCCCCUCACAUCGCUCACUAAUGGCAAAGACGAAGCCAAGGAGAAAAUUGUGCACCGUUCCAACGGUUCCUCUUCCGAGAAUAAAACGGUGGGACAAAAACAAAAAGGAACUGAAGAUGAAGUGUCGUCAAAUGAUUUAGAGAUGGAGUUGGAGCGCCAACGACACGAAGAAGAAGCUAAGACUUCUCACCGUCGGUUCUUGAAGUGUCCAGCUUCGAGCACAAUACGUUUGUUGGCGAAGUUUAUUCGAUUGAAGUACAACCUUAGUAUUCAUCAUCAGGUUGACAUCAUGCAUGCUGGGGACUGCCUGUGUUCUGAUCUGACUUUACUGGACGUCGUGUACAUGUAUAAAUGGAAUGAGGAUGCUCCGCUCAAGUUUCUGUACACGGUUGUUGCUCCCCCUACUGUGCCUUCCAGAAAACGAGUUAAGCCAAACAUAAACUAUAAACCGAGAACAGAGCAACAACUUCAGCCCGAAAAUAAAGAGAAACUUUCCCCACAAAAAUCUGGUCACUCUUCUCCGAACAAAGACAAUUUACGAUCAUCCCCGAAAUCAGGAGAUGAAAAACUAAGUCAUACGCCCACAGAACUUGUCGUGGCGGAUAGUGAUGUUGGUUCGGUAAACGAGUCUGAUAACUCGAAACGCAAAGAAAUGGAAAAUGCAACCCAUUCAGAAAGUGAGAAUGGCUCACCUCACAAGAAAAUCAGAACAGAAACAAUACAGCUUACGACCUCUGUAUCUCAAGCUGAAGAUCAUCUGGCUAAAACACCCAAGUCUAAUGAGACUAACGAAACUCGAGAAUCAUGCAACAGCAAGAAUAAAUCAGAUAACGAUGCUAAAGCGACCGUUCCGACUGCACCCGAUGAUAACGGCAAUUGCAAUGACGUGGACGAGGCCAUGGACUGCGAUAGCGUUAAUAAUCAGACAAUCGACAGCCUUGACAGUAGUCGUGAUGAUGGUGAAGGAAGGAUGGUUAUUGACGAGAGUGCUCAAUCCCCAUCUGACGAAGAUUCGACUCCACCGACUACUUCAUCCCCUCGUCCUGAGUCAUCGAAGAUAAUAGCUCCAGAGCAAGCAAAAACAAGCAUUUCCUCACAAGAAGGCUCCGACUCGGACCCUGGUUUGGAAUCAGACAAAAACAGCAAAUUAUUGUUGAACAGCGAUGCGAGAUCCAAAAAAUCUAUGCCUACAUUAUCUCCAAAUUCUCCCAGGUCGGAGAAAAUGAAUGGAACAUUGAUAGCAGCUCCAGAAAUUCCCAUGGUUAGCAUCCCACGACCUCUACCGACGUUAACGCCCUAUAGUAUUGCUCUCAAUAACAAUAACGUAGUGGAAUGUUCUGAGAAACGAAAGGAUUCCAAGAAAGAGGUUGAUCCUAAAGCUGUGAACGAAUCUGUCAAAUCUCCCAUGAACCAAAUAAAUAAAGUUGUUAAGACAGAAAAUAAUUCUGAAAUCACACCCUCGGCUGUUACGAGUAAAGCGAUUAGUGUUUCGUCUCCAUCCGUGGCGAAUAGUGUUGAAAUUCAAACUAGCAGUACAACAGUGGCUCAAAAUACCAAAAUCUUCCCAAGUAAUAAGAUCAUAGCAGGUAAAGAUAAAUUAGUGUCUUCUAAGCCGGAGAGCAUACUUAACAAAACCAUCACGAAGUUAAGUUUAGCCGCGGCGAAAGCGAACGCAGUUGGGGGAAAUGUUGACGCGCAAACUGGGCCUUCGAAUCAAGUGUCCAGAACUUUCAAUUCUCCACCAAAAGCGGAAUCAAAUGCUCUCAUCAAGAGCCCGGUAGUUAUUCCUCCUGCCAGUCUUGCUAGUGCAAUCCUACACAAUCCCCCACUGUCAUCCAAUGUCGGAGUUGCGACGACAGUAUCCAAACUCCCUACAAAUCCGGAUCCCAGUGCAGCUUUAGCAGAAGCUCUCGUUAACAAUGUACGGCAGCAUCAGCAACACUUGGCUCAAAUGCAUCAACAAAAGAUUCUGCAACAAUUGCAACAACAAAAUAUUCAAGAGACACAAGAUCAGCUUCAACAUCUUCAACAACAGCAAAAACUGUUGCGUCAAAAGCAGUAUCAACAACUUGUUACACAAUCAUCUCAACCGAAGGUUAAGUUUGAAAACUUGAAACAAAUGACUCUUCCGAGAAUAUCGUCCCCUGAUGCACGACGACCUCUUCCUGAACCUGGUUCUACUUCAGGUUUGGUUCGCUCUCCUUUCCCUGCAGGCUUCCCCUACAACCAACGGCCACCUUUCAUAGCUCCUACUAAGCCGCGCCUCGGUCGCCCGCCUAAUCCCAACAAAGCGGCGUCGGCAGGCAGAGGCUCCCGAGGACGUGGCGCAAGAGGUGGACGUGGCCGUCGCGGAGGAUUGCCGGUAACGUCUCCACGACCGCCACUUCCCUCGCAAAUUGCAGCUCUGCAAGCCAUCCAGAACGCCCAAGCGCAAGUCUCCACGCAAUUGCAACAAAAUGUGAAUCAAUCGUAUCCUUUGUCAUCGGUCAAUCCAGCAUUGGUUGGGUUGUCUGUUAAUUCUUUUGCUAAUCCAGGGGUAUUGAACAAUCAGCAGCAAACCGUGCUUGAUAUCGCUACUUACAUGGCAGCGUACGGGAAUAUGUUUAGCAACAGCAAUUCCUUCCUUCAACAGAACAAAGAUAAUGAAACCCCACCAAUGGACCUUUCUCCGACUCCCAAAACCUCCUUGCCCAAUUUGAAUAUUAUGAGACUUAUUCCACCUUCCCCGAACCCUUACGCGUCAAUUCCUCCUCAACAGUACCUCGGGAUGUCAAGUCCUAAUCCCUACGCCUCCGUAGCAUCCCCAGUCCUCCCAGGAGCCUCGUCACCAAUCGCUACAGCUGCAUCGUCUCCCAAGACCACACCACAACACAACAGACCUUCCGCGGGAUCGCCUGCGGAAGCAGGAAGCGUGUCGCCCGCUGCAACUCCUCGCAGCGCCGCACCAGCGCAUCAAACCGCUCCAUCUCCACGACCUGCUCGCUCUCCUGCUCCAGCAUCUCCUUCCACUCCCAACUUGUGCUCCCCCACCCCCGAAGUAACUAUCACCAAGUUGUCCCCUGCAUCCACCUCUGUUAGCACCACCAAGUCAACCACCACGAACACCAUUUCAAUAACCAAAAGGUCCGGAGUUUCAAUAACCGCAUCCAGCUCAUCUGAUGUUCGUUCUUCUAACAAAUCAGGUCCCGGGAAACCAAGUUCAAAUCCAGCCCUAACGAAAAUGAAAACAAACACUGUGACCAUCAAUGCCAAGUCACCUAAAUCAAGUUCAAACUCUCCUGUCUCUUCGCCCAAACUCUUAAAUGGCAAACUCAGUAUCAAUUUAACUCCGAAUAAAAAAUCUUUGUCAACCAAUGGCCUCACGUUUACCAGUACCAGUAACAUGAGGGGUCUCUCAAUAGGUGAAAAUAUUAAUAAAUUGGAGGUUUCAAGGAGUGGGCACUCACCCCUCAACGAAUCCGGCCCUCUUCCAGCAACGUCGUCGAUACUUAAAAUAGAGAGCCUCACUCGUUCGCUGCCGCCGGCCACGGGUAUUCCGUUGGCAGUGAAUGGUUCACACCAAUGAACUAACAUCCUUAAUAAAUAUUAAUGCUUGAGCGUAAAGUACAAGUUCUAGUCGGUUAGUACAACCAAAAAUGACAUACGCUCGGUAUUCACAGAUUUUUGUCAAUAUUUGGACUAAAUUUUUUAGCGAGUGGACUAAAUUUGUUAAAUAAAUGCCUGUGCCGUUUUCAUUAUAUGACUUCAUUUAAUUAAUGAUAACAGCUUGUUUCGGUCAGACUCGAUGAAAAGCAUCUUUAAAUAUUUAAAACGUUUAUCAUUCUAAACGAUCGCUGAGGUUUUAAAUUUUAGUUUACUGUUGAGAUUGUGUGCAGUUGCGUAAAGCGCCAAAAAAAUGUUGGUCUCAUCGUGAAUAUAGAUAGUAUUAACUUGGCAAGUACAUUUUUCGAAGCAAUUAUGAAUUUAUAAUUAUUAGCCGAUAAACCGCGGCUUAUCGGGCUGUCCUGUCUCUUAUGAGAUUGAUGAGGCUACUUAGUUGUUAUAGUUUUAUCUUCACGAGGUGAUCGAAAAAGUCGGAACUCACUUGCGUCAGUGAAUUUAGUGUAACUUUUUCCUCUAGUUUUGCAGUACGUUUCAAAUUUUCCAGGAUUAUCGCUCAGCAUAUCAUGGUUAAGUUCCGAUGAUAAUAGAGUUGUGUGAAAAUGAGUGGUUGCGAGUGACCUGGCAAAUUGUCUCUUAAUGAGGCACACACUUACGCUCACUUUUUGUUCAUUGGUCUUACGAGCGCGGCACGUCAGCAAUGGGCCUAUUUCCUAUCACACGAGUCGUGUUAAGUUACAGCACCGUGUAGGAUAGAAGCACGCAUUUCGCUACCGCAUGUUUUCUCGCUUUAUAAUGGUUUUGUCCUGUUUUAUUUACCUCGAUUUGAUGUUCUUUAUUAUUAAUUUCCUAAUUUCACGGAAAUGAUGAAAAGGGACGGUAGUGGAUGUACGAAUGCAAUUAUGUUGACAUUGCAACAUGUGUGCAAAAGUCAACAGUUUUACUUCUCGAAUAUAUCAUGUACAAAUAUUCAUUAUAAAGAAACGUGAGCUGUAUAAUUUAUUUUGAUAUUA